GAAUGGGAAGCAGCUCAGAAGCUUCUGCUCAGUUCAAGGUAAAUCAAAAGGCAGCAGAUGGGAAUCAUGCAGGGCCAGCCUCAUCCCAGGAACAGAAGGGUUUUGAUAUGAUCUAUUGGAUUGAAGAUGUGCCACCGUGGUAUCUCUGUGUCCUGCUGGGGUUUCAGCAUUAUUUGACCUGUUUCAGCGGCACCAUAGCAGUUCCCUUCCUCCUGGCAGAGUCUUUGUGUGUAGGAAAGGACCAGUAUACCAUCAGUCAGCUCAUUGGCACCAUCUUCAGCUGCGUGGGAAUCACAACUCUAAUCCAAACCACAGUAGGAAUCAGACUUCCUCUGUUUCAAGCCAGUGCAUUAGCAUUCCUGGUGCCUGCCAAAUCUAUCCUGGCCCUUGAAAAAUGGAACUGUCCUCCAGAAGAGGAGGUCUAUGGAAAUUGGACAUUACCCCUCCAGACCUCUCACAUCUGGCAACCAAGGAUGAGAGAGAUCCAAGGAGCAAUCAUCGUUUCUAGCUUGGUGGAAGUGAUAAUUGGACUGGUGGGCCUUCCGGGGGCACUACUCAGCUACAUUGGGCCUCUCACAGUCACACCCACUGUCUCCUUAAUAGGACUCUCCGUGUUUCAAGCUGCGGGGGACAGAGCGGGAUCGCACUGGGGCAUCGCAGUACUGUCAAUUUUUUUAAUUAUUUUAUUUGCUCAGUACCUGAGAAAAGUCUCUUUUCUCCUCCCUGGUUACAAAUGUGGGGAAGGAUGCAUUCUGUUCCGGAUACAAAUCUUCAAGAUGUUCCCAAUCAUUCUUGCCAUUUUGAUGGUCUGGCUGCUGUGUUACAUUCUGACAGUGACUGAUGUAUUUCCUCGUGAUCCAAAUGCUCAUGGAUACAAGGCCAGAACAGAUUCUAGAGGAGAAAUCAUGUCAAUCGCUCCAUGGUUCCGCUUUCCCUAUCCUUGCCAGUGGGGGAUCCCCACAGUGACAGCUGCUGCAGUGCUGGGAAUGUUCAGUGCUACCUUGGCUGGGAUCAUUGAGUCGAUUGGUGACUAUUAUGCCUGUGCUAGGCUUGCUGGAGCUCCGCCUCCACCUGUACAUGCCAUUAACAGGGGCAUUUUUACAGAGGGAAUCUCUUGCAUAAUUGCUGGGCUGCUGGGUACUGGUAAUGGUUCCACUUCUUCCAGCCCUAACAUUGGAGUCUUGGGCAUCACUAAGGUGGGCAGCAGAAGGGUAGUGCAGUAUGGUGCUGGGAUCAUGCUUGUUCUGGGCACCAUUGGCAAGUUCACAGCACUGUUUGCUUCUCUCCCAGAUCCCAUCCUCGGAGGAAUGUUCUGCACCUUGUUCGGCAUGAUCACGGCCGUUGGGCUUUCCAACCUGCAGUUUGUUGACAUGAACUCCUCCCGCAACCUAUUUGUUCUGGGCUUUGCAAUGUUCUUUGGUCUCACACUUCCAAAUUACUUGGAUACGCACACAAAUGCCAUCAACACAGGUAUUGCUGAAAUAGACCAAAUAUUAACAGUGCUGUUAACCACAGAAAUGUUUGUUGGAGGUAGCAUUGCAUUCAUACUGGACAACACAAUCCCAGGGACUCAAGAGGAACGUGGUCUCAUACAGUGGAAAGCUGGAGCACAUGCCAACAGUGAAACAUCUACAAAUCUGAGGAGUUAUGAUUUUCCAUUUGGUAUGGGACUGAUUAAACGCAGCCAGUGGCUCAAGUAUGUGCCAGUCUGUCCAGUUUUCAAGGGCUUUAAGUCAAGACCGAAGAUGGAUGCCAAUGUAUCAGAGCCCAUACCAAACAUGAAUGACGUUCCAGUCAUAUGCUCAAGGGUUUGAAAAGAUUCCUUGUAAAGAGCCAUGGAGAAUUAAACAACCAAAGAAAACCGUUGGUAGGAAGUCAGGCCAAUGUGAAGUUGGGAGGGGUUGCAAAUACAGUAGAAGACAGAAUCAGGAUACAGAAUGACCUUGAUAGGCUGGAAAACUGGGCUGAAACCAAUAAAAUGAAUUUUAACAGGGAUAAAUAUAAAGUUCUGCAUUUAGGUAGGAAAAAUCCAAUGCAUAAUUAUAGGAUGGGGAGACUUGUCUUGACAGUAGUCUGUGCGAAAAGGGUUUAGGGGUCUUAGUGAACCGUACACUGAGUCAGAGUAUGAAGCAGUAGCUAAAAAUUCAGUUUUGGGCUGUUAUCAACAGAAGGCUAGUGUCCAGAUCACAUGAAGUGAUGGUAUCGCUUUACUUUGCUCUAGUUAGACCUCACCUAGAAUAUUAUGUUCAGUUUUGGGCAUCACAAUUUAAGGAGGAUAUAGGCAAGCUGGAACAUAUCCAGAGGAGGGCAACGAUAAUGGUGAAGGGUCUGAAGACCAAGGCCUAUGAGGAAAGACUGAAGGAGCUGGGCAUGUUUAGCUGGAGAGGAGGUGGCUGUGAGGUGAUAUGAUCACCAUCUUCAAGUACUUGAAGGGCUGUCAUGUAAAGGAUGUGGAAUUGUUUCCUGUUGCCCCAGAAGGUCAGAACCAACAGGUUGAAAUUAAAUCAAAAGUGUCUGGCUAAACAUUAGGAAGAACUUCCUGACAGAGUGGUUCUUCAGUGGAACCUCCUUCCUUGGAUGUUUUUAAACAAAGGCUAGAUGGCCAUCUGACAGUAAUGCUGAUCCUGUGAACUUAGGCAGAUCAUGGGAAGGAGGGCAGGAAGGGUUGCAUCAGUGCUUAGUUCUUGUGGCCCCUUCUUACAUGCCCAGGGAAAUACUGAUUGCCACUUUGGGGUCAGUCAGCAAUUUUUCUCCAGGCCUGUUUGGUAAGGGAUCCUGGAGGUUUUUGCUAUCUUCUGGGCAUGAAGCAGGGGCCACUGGGGAUGUAUGUGUGUGUGUAGGGGGGAGGUAUUUGUGAAUUUCUUGCAUUGUGCAGGGGGUUGGACUAGAUGACCCUGGAGAUCUCUUCCAACUCUUUGAUUCUAUUUCUAAUAUGUCCCAAUGGAAAGACUAUUCAGCAAAAUAGGAUUUAUGACUGAACUGUGUAGGAGGUCAUGUGUGGCUGAUGAACACUGCUCUUAUACUAUUUCUAUUCCAGAAGUUAAAAUAUAGUGGCAAAGAUUUAACCCAGAGCCAUUGAGUGCUGCAAGGAAAAUCUUAUUCACAGGAAGCAACCCUCCCCCUUUUUGAAUGUUGCAUAUCCAGUAAGAGCUUUAAAGAAGUAUAUUUGUGCACCAUACAAGUGACAGCGGUUUACCAUUAGGCCAGUAGAAAAAUCAGGGUUUGUUUUUUUAAAAUCUGGACAUGCAGUCAUAAUUAUGCAAAUAUAAUUGCCUUAGAUUUAUUUUGGGUUUCAUAUUUUUAUCCCACUUUCACAAUUGAUGUUUAAGCAAUUUGGACUUUUUUUUUCAAGAAUAGAUGCAACGGAAGGGAGAGUUGCCUUUUCAAGUCUCUUUGGUUGCCUUUUUAAGUUUCUUUUCAGAACCAUAAGGAUGUUUAUUAAAAAGUAAUGCUCAAGACA